AUGAACAUGUUCACCAUCAGUGAUGUGAGCAAUAAGGAUGCAGGAAGAUACAGCUGCAGUUACACCUCAGUGAGGCAACCAUAUCUCCUGUCUGAGCCAAGUAACCCUGUGAAGUUGUUGUUAACAGAUCCACAGUUACACAGACCUACCAUCUCCAUCUCACCAACGAGGCCUUUGAAGGUUGGGGAAAAUAUCACAAUCACGUGUGCCUUUCCAGAGACACAUGCCUUGGUCUAUCUCCAUAAGGCUGGAGAGUCAACAAAAAUGGUCCAGGAUUCCAAUGCACAUGUGACCGAAUUUUACCUCAGGAAAAUUACUUUGGAGGACAAAGGAAACUAUUGCUGCAGCUGGGCACAAUCAAGAAGUCCAUUUCUGGUGUCAAAAUGCAGCAAUUGGGUGGAGCUUUCGGUAUCAGAUGAUGCUCCAAUCAGUCCAGAUCUCUCGGUAACAUAUCUGGUUCUGCUCUUUCUCUUUCUGUCAGCUGGGGCCUUUCUUUGUUACAAAAUAGGAGCAUUGAGAUCCUCCUUCCUGCUCCCAAAAUCUAGAGGAAAUGUCACCAUCCUUUGUGAGGCACCCACCACCGAAGGGCUGACUUUCUACCUGAAAAAAGGUCAUCAGACGAUAGCCAGUCCGAGACCAGGAGACAAAGGAUUGGCUCAUUUCCCCAUCACUAAUGCGAGCUCAAAGGAUGGAGGAAUGUACACCUGUUUCUAUUACAAUUCAAGCAAGUCUAGUUCAGAAUACAGUGAACCACUGGAGUUGCUGAUAACAGAUCUCGAGCUACCGAAGCCAAAUAUCACCCUUUACCCAAAGAAGCUGAUUUACCUGGGAAGUAAUGUGUCUAUUCAGUGCUCAUUCAAAGAGGCAACCCAACGUCCAAUCCAAAAGUUCUAUCUCCAUACUGAUGCAGAUAAGAUGAAACCACAUUCUGUGAAACCAGAUGGAGACACAGCCACAUUUAACAUUAUAGAAGCGCAAGAGCAUCAUGCAGGCAAAUAUCGCUGCAACUACAGAGCACCUUCAGGGGAUUUUAUCUCCUCCAAGUCCAGUGAUGAUUUGGAGUUGUUUGUCAUAGGUAAGGGUUCUGAUUCACUGUCUCCAAGACAAAUAUAGUGAUCCAGCUUGCUGGAUGUUUGUACUCUAGCCUUAGAGUACCUGGACUAUGUAGAGCAGUGUUGGGAGACCUGUACUCCUUCCCCUUGAUGUUGCUGGACUAUAAGUCCCAUCAUCCUCUGACCAUUGGUUAUACUUGCAGAGGCCAAUGGGAGCUGGAGUCCAAGGACAUUUGGAGAGUCACAUAAGUAAAGGGGAUGAAAAAGGCCUUCCUAUUUCUUCUCAUGUUUCCCACCAAAUUCCUGGUUUACAGCAUCAUAGCUGCUUCGAUUAGUGAACGUCCAUCUUGAUUCUAGAGAGUGUUGGAGCUUGGGUAGAGUUGGGUAGAUGUCUUUCCAGGCUGAACGACAACAUGGAGUGUUUCCCUUUCCAUUAUGCACCCUUCCACCACACAAAAUCGCAUGGUGUAAACAAUCCACCGCAAAGAUGGAGAGCCCUUCAUUAACCAACUUCUCCCUUCUUACAGAUCCCUACUUUCCUAGACCCAUUAUCUCUCUGGGCCCCACUGAGC